CGCCGGCUGCGCCUGCGGAGAAGCGGUGGCCACCGAGCGGGAUCUGUGCGGGGAGCCGGAAAUGGUUGUGGACUACGUCUGUGCGGCUGCGUGGGGCUCGGCCGCGCGGACUGAAGGAGACUGAAGGCCCUCGGAUGCCCAGAACCUGUAGGCCGCACCGUGGACUUAUUCUUAACCGAGGGGGUGUUGGGGGGACCCUGAUGUGGCACCAAAUGAAAUGAACAAAGCGCCACAGCCCACAGGCCCCCCGCCCGCCCCAUCCCCUGGACUCCCACAGCCAGCGUUUCCCCCGGGGCAGACAGCGCCGGUGGUGUUCAGUACGCCACAAGUGACACAAAUGAACACGCCUUCUCAGCCCCGCCAGCACUUCUACACUAGCCGGGCCCAGCCCCCGAGCAGUGCCGCCUCCCGAGUGCCCAGCGCAGCCCCUGCCCGCCCUGGCCCAGCUGCCCAUGUCUACCCUGCUGGAUCCCAAGUCAUGAUGAUCCCCUCCCAGAUCUCCUACCCAGCUUCCCAGGGGGCCUACUACAUCCCUGGACAGGGACGUUCCACAUAUGUUGUCCCGACACAGCAGUACCCCGUGCAGCCAGGAGCCCCCGGCUUCUAUACGGGUGCAAGCCCUACAGAGUUUGGGACCUACGCUGGCGCCUACUACCCGGCCCAAGGCGUGCAGCAGUUUCCCGCUGGUGUAGCCCCCGCCCCGGUUUUGAUGAACCAGCCACCCCAGAUUGCUCCCAAGAGGGAACGUAAGACGAUCCGAAUUCGAGAUCCAAAUCAAGGAGGGAAAGAUAUCACGGAGGAGAUCAUGUCUGGGGCUCGUACCGCCUCCACACCCACCCCUCCCCAGACGGGAGGCGGUCUGGAGCCUCAGGCUAACGGGGAGACUCACCAGGUUGCUGUCAUUGUCCGGCCAGACGACCGGCCACAGGGAGCAAUCUUUGGGGGUCGGCCAGGGCUGCCUGGCCCAGAGCACAGCCCUUCAGAAUCCCAGCCUUCAUCACCCUCUCCGACCCCAUCACCACCUCCAAUCUUGGAACCGGGGUCUCAGCCUAAUCUUGAAGUCCUCUCUAUUCCUGGGGACACUGUAACGACAGGGAUGAGACAGAUGUCUGUAGAAGAAUCAACCCCCAUGACCCAUGAAGCUGGGGAGCCAUAUUGCCUCUCACCAGAACCCCCUGCCCUCUCUGAACCCAUACUGGAGGUGGAAGUGACACUUAGCAAGCCAGUUCCAGAACCUGAGUUACCUUCCAGUCCUCUCCCGGUUCCCACCCCCCUCGCAUCUCACAAGGUGGAAGUUCUUCACGAGCCCAACGGGGUGGCUGCAUCUGAGGAUCUGGAACCAGAGCUGGUGCCGAGCCCCGAGCUUGCCGCUCUCUCUCUGGCUUGCCCCUCCAAACCCCCCGUGCCCAUUGCUCCAACUGCCCAGCCCGAGGAAUUGCUCAACGGAGCCCCCUCACCGCCGGCUGUGGACUUGAGCCCAGUUAGUGAGCCGAAAGAGCAGGCUGAGGAAGGUACAGCGCCAGUGGCUCCCUCCACCAUCCUUGCUACCACUCCAGCUGUGGCACCUCCAGCUCCUUCCCUUGCUCAGGAGGAGGAAAUGGAGGAAGAAGAGGAAGAGGAAGAAGAAGGAGAAGCUGAGGGUGAGAAGGGAGGAGAGGAAUCACUCCCCCAGGAGAACAACCCUGCCCCAGCCCACCUGUCCCAGAAUCUGGAGGCGGCAGCAGCACCCCAAGUGGCAGUGUCUGUGCCAAAGAGGAGACGGAAAAUGAAGGAGUUGAAUAAGAGAGAGGCUGUGGGAGACCUCCUAGACGCCUUCAAGGAGGUGAACCCAGGACUACCAGAGGUAGAAAAUCAGCCGCCCGUGGGCAACAACCCAGGCCCAGACAAUGAGGGCAGCAGCUUGCCUCCGCGGCCUGAGGAAGCAGAUGAGACCUGGGACUCAAAGGAAGAGAAAAUUCACAAUGCCGAGAACAUCCAGCCUGGGGAACAGAAGUAUGAAUAUAAGUCAGAUCAGUGGAAGCCUCUAAACCUCGAGGAGAAAAAGCGUUACGACCGGGAGUUCCUGCUUGGCUUCCAGUUUAUCUUCGCCAGUAUGCAGAAGCCAGAGGGCUUGCCCCACAUCAGUGACGUCGUGUUGGACAAGGCCAACAAAACACCACUGCGGCCACUGGAUCCCACCAGACUACCGGGCAUAAAUUGCGGCCCAGACUUCACUCCACCCUUUGCCAACCUUGGCCGACCGGCUCUUGGUGCCCGUGGGCCCCCCAGGGGUGGGCCAGGUGGGGAGCUGCCCCGAGGGCCGCAGGCUGGCCUGGGACCCCGACGCUCUCAGCCAGGCCCGCGGAAGGAACCACGUAAGAUCAUUGUCCCAGUGUUGACUGAAGACAUAAAAUUGAACAAAGCGGAGAAGGCUUGGAAACCCAGCAGUAAGCGGACGGCAGCUGACAAGGACCGAGGGGAAGAGGAUGCUGAUGGCAGCAAAACCCAGGACCUGUUCCGCAGGGUACGCUCCAUCCUGAAUAAGCUGACGCCCCAGAUGUUCCAGCAGCUGAUGAAGCAGGUGACGCAGCUGGCCAUCGACACCGAGGAGCGCCUCAAGGGGGUCAUCGACCUCAUCUUCGAGAAGGCCAUCUCAGAACCCAACUUUUCUGUGGCCUAUGCCAACAUGUGCCGCUGCCUCAUGGCGCUGAAAGUGCCCACUACAGAAAAGCCAGCGGUGACUGUGAACUUCCGAAAAUUGUUGUUGAAUCGAUGUCAGAAGGAGUUUGAGAAAGACAAAGACGACGAUGAAGUUUUUGAGAAGAAACAAAAAGAGAUGGACGAAGCUGCUACGGCAGAAGAACGAGGGCGCCUGAAGGAAGAGUUGGAAGAAGCUCGAGACAUAGCCCGGCGGCGCUCUCUCGGGAAUAUCAAGUUUAUCGGGGAAUUGUUUAAGCUGAAGAUGUUAACUGAGGCAAUAAUGCAUGACUGCGUGGUCAAACUGCUUAAGAACCACGAUGAAGAGUCCCUUGAAUGCCUUUGUCGUCUGCUCACCACCAUUGGCAAAGAUCUGGACUUUGAGAAAGCCAAGCCUCGAAUGGAUCAGUAUUUCAACCAGAUGGAAAAAAUCAUUAAGGAAAAGAAGACGUCGUCCCGCAUUCGCUUCAUGCUGCAGGACGUGCUGGACCUGCGACGGAGCAACUGGGUGCCACGCCGAGGUGACCAGGGUCCCAAGACCAUCGACCAGAUCCACAAGGAGGCCGAGAUGGAGGAACACCGGGAGCAUAUCAAAGUGCAGCAGCUCAUGGCAAAGGGCAGUGACAAGCGCCGGGGCGGCCCUCCAGGCCCACCCAUCAGCCGAGGUCUUCCACUUGUGGAUGAUGGUGGCUGGAACACAGUCCCUAUCAGCAAGGGCAGCCGCCCCAUUGACACCUCACGACUCACCAAGAUCACGAAGCCUGGUUCCAUUGAUUCAAACAACCAGCUCUUUGCACCUGGAGGGCGACUGAGCUGGGGCAAGGGCAGCAGUGGAGGCUCGGGAGCCAAGCCCUCAGACGCAGCAUCAGAAGCUGCUCGUCCAGCUACCAGUACCUUGAAUCGCUUUUCAGCCCUUCAGCAAGCAGUACCCACAGAAAGCACAGAUAACAGACGUGUGGUACAGAGGAGUAGCUUGAGCCGGGAGCGAGGUGAGAAAGCUGGGGAUCGGGGAGAUCGCCUAGAGCGGAGUGAACGGGGAGGUGACCGUGGGGACCGGCUCGAUCGCGCACGGACCCCUGCCACCAAACGGAGCUUCAGCAAAGAAAUGGAGGAGCGGAGUAGAGAGCGGCCCACCCAGCCUGAGGGACUGCGCAAGGCAGCUAGCCUCACGGAAGAUCGGGACCGUGGGAGGGAUGCCGCGAGGCGAGAAGGUACCCUGCCCCCAGUCAGCCCCCCGAAGGCCGCGCUCUCUGAGGAGGAGCUGGAGAAGAAAUCCAAGGCCAUCAUUGAGGAGUACCUCCACCUCAACGAUGUGAAGGAGGCGGUACAGUGUGUGCAAGAGCUGGCCUCCCCCUCCCUGCUCUUCAUCUUUGUGCGGCAUGGUGUCGAGUCCACGCUGGAGCGCAGCGCCAUCUCUCGUGAGCACAUGGGGCAGCUGCUGCACCAGCUGCUGUGUGCUGGGCACCUCUCCGCUGCUCAGUACUACCAAGGGCUGUAUGAAAUCCUGGAAUUGGCUGAGGACAUGGAAAUCGACAUCCCCCACGUGUGGCUUUACCUGGCGGAACUGGUAACGCCCAUUCUGCAGGAAGGUGGGGUGCCCAUGGUGGAGCUGUUCAGGGAGAUUACCAAGCCUCUGAGACCCCUGGGCAAAGCUGCUGCUUUGUUGGUGGAGAUCCUGGGGCUUCUGUGUAAAAGCAUGGGUCCCAAAAAGGUGGGGACGCUGUGGCGAGAGGCUGGACUCAGCUGGAAGGAAUUUCUCCCUGAAGGUCAGGACGUCGGUGCAUUCGUCGCUGAGCAGAAAGUGGAGUAUACUCUGGGAGAGAAGUCAGAGACCCCUGGUCAGAGGACGCUCCCCUCCGAGGAGCUGAGCAGGCAGCUGGAGAAACUGCUGAAGGAAGGUAGCAGCAACGAGCGGGUGUGUGACUGGAUAGAGGCCAACCUGAGUGAGCAGGAGGUAGCGUCCAACACGUUAGUCCGAGCCCUCAUGAAAACCGUCUGCUACUCUGCAAUUAUCUUUGAGAACCCCCUCCGAGUGGAUGUUGCGGUGCUGAAAGCGCGAGCGAAACUGCUGCAGAAAUACCUGUGUGAUGAGCAGAAGGAGCUGCAGGCACUCUACGCCCUCCAGGCCCUCGUGGUGGCCCUGGAACAGCCUGCCAACCUACUCCGGAUGUUUUUUGAUGCGCUGUACGAUGAGGACGUGGUAAAAGAAGACGCCUUCUACAGCUGGGAGAGCAGCAAGGACCCUGCUGAGCAGCAGGGCAAGGGCGUGGCCCUUAAAUCUGUCACCACCUUCUUCAAGUGGCUUCGUGAGGCCGAGGAGGAGUCUGACCACAACUGAGGGCGGGUGGGGCCGGGGACUUGGAGCCCCAUGGACACGAGGAGGGCCCGGCCAGCUGCCCGGACUGCAGGGGGGCGGCAGCGGCGGCGGCGGCAUGGGCGCCUGUAGUGCGGUGUGUCUGAGCUAAUAAAGUGGCUGAAGAGGCAGGCUGGCUUGGGGCUGCCUGGGGCCCCCCUCCAGGAUGCUGCCAGGUGCCCCUCCCCUCCCCCUGGGGCACAGAGAUAUAUAUAAAAUCUUGAAAUUUGGUGUGUCUUGGUGGGGGGGGGGCACCACUGCCUGCCCCUGGGGUCCUUUUUUAUUUUCUGAAAAUCACUCUUGGGACGGCUGUCCUCGCUGCUGGGGGCAUAUGCCCCAGCCCCCACACCACCCUUGCUGCUGCCUGGGCAGGGGUAAGGGGGGCACGGUGCCUGUAAUUAUUAAACAUGAAUUCAAUUAA